UAAUAUUCAUUCGCAAGUUAUUUUAAUUUGCGUUAUAGUUUACAUUUGAACUGUAGCAAAAUGUGGCUAAUAUUAAUUUUAGCAAUUAUACUCUUAAUUUUUGCUUACCUAAAGCAUAAUUAUAGUUACUGGAAAAAACGUGGUUUGGACACCCCAAAAUUCCAUUAUGUUGCAGGAAACUUAUUAGAGCAACUCACACUGAAGAAAAAUGCAGCGGUACUCUUACAAGAAAAUUACAAAGCCUUUGAGGGUUACAAUUAUUUUGGGUAUUACAAUGCUUUGCAACCAGCUGUAGUUGUGCGAAACCCAGAAAUCAUCGGUGAAAUCCUCAUCAAAGAUUUCGCUUCAUUUGGCGAUACGGAUUUCGACCUAGAUGAGGUGGCCGAUCCGAUUUUGGGUAAAAACCCUUUUGUAUUGAAAGGACAACGAUGGAAGCAAGUACGCACACAGGCAACACCGUCAUUUACAGCCGGAAAAGUUAAAAUGAUGAUGCCAUUGCUCAAAGCAACAAGCGCUAAGUUUUUGGAUUAUAUGAAAAAAUAUGAAAAUAUCCCAGUUGAAGUAGACGCUUUGAACAAACGAAUAAAUGCCGAAAAUGUGGCAAGUUGUGCGUUCGGUCUAGAUGGCAACAGUUUCACACAAGAAGAUGCUGAAUUUGUGAAAAUUGCCAACGAACCAGUCGAACCAACCAUGACAAACAGCCUCAAAAGUUUACUGUUAUUCAUAUGCCCAUCACUAGGCCGAAUAUUCAAAGUUAGCUUUUACACGCAGAAAACCAUCAAAUAUCUGCAUGAUAUCAUUGAGCAGACGAUGAAAUACCGCAUAGAUAAUAACAUCGAACGGAAUGAUUUUCUUGAUGAGAUGAAACGUCUCCGCGAAAAGAUCAACGACGAUAAAGCGUUCAAUUCAUUAGAUAUUCUCGGACACGCUGGUGGAUUUCUUUUAGAUGGUGUGAUUACUAGUGCUAUAGCCGCUGGUUAUACGCUUUUUCACAUCGCAGACGACCAAGAAGUUCAAGACAAACUCCGAGAAGAAGUUCUGCGUGUCCUUGACAACGAAGAAUUGACAUACGAGAAGGUUCAAGAGAUGAAUUACUUGGACUGUGUUUUAAAGGAAGGUUUACGACUGCAUCCUCCAAUAAUGUUUAUGAUUAGACGUGUUACAAAGCCAUAUACAAUGCGACCAAUGAGAGAAGAUAAUACUGGGCCGAGAAUUGAGUUAGAACUUGGUACUCCUGUGAUUCUUCCAGUGUGCGCUUUACAUCUGGAUAAUAAGUAUUUUCCCGAUGCGAAAAGAUUCAAUCCUGAACGCUGGAAUCGUGAUAAUAACAACACAAUUGUUAAGAAUACUUAUCUGCCAUUUAGUGAUGGCCCGCGUGUAUGUCUGGGCAUGAAAUUUGCCGUUUUACAAACAAAGAUAUCAAUUAUCACAAUGAUCAGUCACUAUAAACUGAAAGUUAGUAGUAAAACUAAGAUUCCUUUAGAAAUUGAUCCUGGCAAUUUCUUUAAUCAAACUGUUGGCGGCCAAUGGUUAGAAUUUACAAAGUUGGUUCUAAACCGGGUUACAAUGUGGCUCUUUUUAAUCGGGCUUAGUAUUGGCCUAAUUUAUUUAUACUUGAAAAACAACUACAACUACUGGAAAAAGCGCGGCGUAGACACACCACCAUUCCAUUAUGUUGUUGGAAACUUAUGGAAACAAUUAACACUCAAGAAAAACGCUGGAUUAGUUUUGCAAGAUGAAUACAAUGCUUUCAAAGGAUACAAUUAUUUCGGAUAUUACAACGCUUUGCAACCGGCAAUAGUGGUGCGAAACCCGGAAAUAAUCGGUGAUAUACUCAUCAAAGACUUUCAAUCGUUCGCUGAUAAUGAUUUCGAUAUUGAUGAAGAAAUGGAUCCCAUAUUCGGUAAAAAUCCAUUUAUACUUAAGGGUCAGCGAUGGAAGCAUGUCCGUGCACAAUCUACACCUUCAUUUUCAUCUGGAAAGAUAAAAGCAAUGAUGCCACUUAUAAAAGAGACAAACACAACUCUGUUAAACUAUAUGAAGAAAUUUGAAGGUGUUCCAGUUGAAUUGGAUCCAUUAAACAACAAAAUCACAGCAGAUAAUGUUGCAAGCUGUGCAUUUGGUCUUGAGGGUGGUAGCUUCACACAAGAAAAACCUCGAUUUGUUGAAUUUGCCAAGGAACCCAUCAACCCAACCACUAUGAACAUCAUCAAAGGUUUCAUGAUAUUUGUAUGUCCAUCGUUAGCACGCAUUAUCAAAGUAAAGUUCUUCCGUCAAGAAACAAUCGAUUAUCUGAAAGGUGUAAUUGAACAAACCAUGCAAUACCGCAAAGACAACAACGUACAACGCAAUGAUCUUCUCGAUGAGAUGAAACGCAUCAGGGAAAAAGUCAACGAUGACAAAGUGUUCAGUUUUUUUGAUAUUCUCGGACACGCUGGCGGAUUUCUCUUGGAUGGUAUCGUAACCAGCUCGAUUACAGCAGACCACGCAUUGUAUGACAUUGCAAAAAAUGCCGACGUUCAGGAUAAACUGCGCAAAGAAAUAGAAAACGUGCUCAGCAAGCAUAAUGGCGAAUUGACAUACGAAAGUAUACAGGAAAUGGAAUAUUUGGACUGUGUACUCAAAGAGAGUUUGAGACUUCAUCCUCCACUAAUGUUCAUGACCAAACGUGUUACAAAACCAUACACUAUGAAACCAAUGAGGGAGGAUAAUACCGGACCGCAGGUUGAACUAGCAGUUGGAACUCCUGUUAUUAUUCCAUUAUUAGCGCUGCAUUUGGAUGAGCUGUUCUUUCCAGACCCGGAAAAGUUUGACGCGGAGAGAUGGAAUCGCGAAAAUAAGGACAAGCAUGUGAAGAAUUCCUAUCUGCCUUUUAGCGAUGGUCCACGCGCUUGUUUAGGCAUGCGAUUUGGUGUCUUGCAAACAAAAAUUACACUCAUUACAAUUAUUCAAAACUAUAAAAUUUCGCCAAGUUCAAAAACCAAGGAACCUUUGGAUAUUCUUCCUGCCAGUUUUGUUAAUUUACCCACUGGUGGUCACUGGGUUGAAUUUACUAAAUUGUAAUUUGUGUUUGUAAAUAUGAUAAAUCAAAAUGAUUUAUAUUGUUAUGUGUAUGGUUAUUGGCUUUUAAUUCAGACUUCAUUUGUUUUGUUGAAUUCGAUUAAUGGAAUUUCAUUCUUAUAUACAGAUGAGCACUGAAUUGUUAAAUCUGCUUAAGAUAAUAAAAUUCAUUUGCCAAAAGUA